AUGAGGCACAGCUCAUCCUCUCUCGAGACCUGCCCGUCGGUGAAGAACAUUCUGUUGCUGGACUCCGAGGGGAAGCGCGUCGCCGUCAAGUACUACACGGAUGAUUGGCCCGUGCUGUCGGCGAAGCUGGCCUUCGAGAAGUCGGUGUUCGUCAAGACCCAGAAAGCAAGCUCUGGGGCAGAGGCUGAGAUUGUAAUGUUUGAUGGUCAAAUUGUUGUGUAUAAGUUCAUCCAAGACCUGCAUUUUUUUGUUACUGGAGGAGACGAGGACAAUGAACUUAUUUUAGCAUCAGUUCUUCAGGGAUUCGCUGAUGCCAUUGACAUUAUUCUUAGAAAUAAUGUCGACAAAAGAACAGCUCUUGAAAAUCUGGAUCUAAUUCUAUUAUGCCUUGAUGAAAUUGUUGAUGGAGGGAUUGUCCUAGAAACAGAAGGAAGUGUGAUAGCUGAAAAGGUACUAGCUCAUGGAGCAGAGGGUACCACAUCAAUCGCCGAGCAGACUAUAGUUCAGGCCCUAACAACAGCAAGAGAGCACUUUGCCAAAUCUCUGCUAAUGUGA